CUCUUUUCCAGCCAUUGAAGCAUAUGAAUGCUCAAUAUUCAGCCGGGAACAUUGGAGAUAUCUGCUUCUGAUGUUAGUCAGAUCUCAUAGCAGAAGUUGCUGCGUUGGAAGGGAAUAAAAGUGUGAGGCCGAUUAUGUCGUGCUACGACGGCAAUAAUUUUGUGGGCCAGAUUAUGGUUGAGCAUGUCUUGAGUGAUGGUCAGAGUUCAUCUGACUCUAGCUUUGAGACUGUAUCAUCGGAUUGUAGCCAGCUCUCUCUAAGUGAGCUCUCAAGAAUCGCUCUCGUAUCAAGCAAUCUCAAACGGGGACACAAACGAAAAGCCCAUGAAAAACCCAUAGAGACUAAACGGUUCAAAAAGGUUCUCGAAUCCAGUAAGGAGAGUGUACAAAUCCACUCGUAUGGAGGAGGCAUGCGGUGUGGGAGGCUGCGAAAUCAAAUCCAGACCAUACUCGGUUAAAUCUGAGGAGAUAGAACUGGAUGUUAUAAAUGGUCAGCGGCCCCCUUAUAUAAACAUACUUCCAGAGAACUCCACUUCUCCGUCGUAAUAUCAGAGUUCUGCUGUUCCAGGAGCUUGAAAAUUCGAUGCAAACAAGGUUCGACCUUUGGCCACGUACCUCUGGCCAUGGAGAUAGAACCGGAUGAUAUAUGGUGGUGGAGGAAACCACCACCACAACCAACUGCCUGUUCUCUGGAAGUAUGUUUAUGUAAGGGGGCUGCUGACCAUUUAUACCAUCCGGUUCUCCAUGGCCAGAGUUACGUGGCCAAAGGUCGAACCUUGUUUGCAUCUAAUUUUCAAGCUCCUGGAACUGCAGAACUCUGAUAUUAAGACCGAGAAGUGGUCUGUGAUGAGCCGAGAAAAUGCGCCCCCUAUAGUCACGGAUAUUUGCCCAAAUGAACAGGUUGAGAUCUGGGUGGAUGCGGACAGUGUGGAUAUCAUCAAGGAGAGAUACAACAGCCUCAAACUAUCUUUUUGGAUGAUCGAAUUUGAGUUUUGCGAUUAGAUGACGCUAAUAUGUUUUUAUUUUA